AAAUUUUUUAUUAACCGCUGCGUCGUUUGCGGGGCACUUUCUUUCUACACGAUGCGUCUUUUCUUAGCUUGAUAAAAAGACAAGUUAGACAAGACAGUCACUUCACUACAUGUCCAAGAGACAACCUCGACUUCAGUUCUUGAUUUGUUGAGAGAAGAAGAGGAAGAAGAAGCAGAGUUGAUAGACCUAUUAUGGAUCGGCUUGAUGGUUCUGCGCAUCUCAUAAUAGUGUCAGAUCUUGAUUUUACAAUGGUGGAUCAUCUUGAUCCUGACAACCUAGGCCUUCUUAGAUUUAAUGCUAUGUGGGAAGCCUACUACCGUCAAGAUUCUCUGCUAGUUUUCUCCACCGGAAGGUCACCCACAAUUUAUAAACAGUUGAGGAAGGAGAAACCUUUGUUGACCCCAGAUAUAGCCAUAAUGUCUGUUGGAACUGAAAUUAUGUAUGGUGAAUCAAUGAUAAGAGAUGAGGACUGGGAACAAUAUUUAAAUAAAAAUUGGAACAGGGAAAUAGUCACAGAGGAAACAGCCCAGUUUCCAGAACUUACUCCUCAGUCUGAAACAGAGCAACGGCCUCAUAAAGUGAGUUUUUUUGUGGAGAAGAUAAAAGCCUUGAAAGUUAUAAGGUCUCUAUCAGAACGUCUAGAGAAGCGUGGGUUAGAUGUUAAACUGGUAUACAGUAAUGAGACGGCUUUGGAUGUAUUACCAAAAGGUGCUGGCAAAGGACAGGCUCUUGCUUAUUUGCUUGAAAAAUUUAAAGUUGAUGGGAAGAUGCCAGUUAACACUCUUGUCUGUGGUGACUCUGGUAAUGAUGCUGAACUAUUCAGCGUCCCUGAAGUAUAUGGUGUGAUGGUCAGCAAUGCACAGGAGGAAUUGCUGCGGUGGCAUGCAGAAAAUGCAAGGAACAAUCCUAAUAUAAUUCAUGCAACAGAGAGAUGUGCAGCUGGGAUAAUACAAGCCAUCGGUAAUUUUAGUCUGGGUCCAAAUGUUUCUCCAAGAGAUAUUAGAGACUUUCAGAAAUGCAAAGUGGAAAUUUUCAGUAGUGGUCAUGAAGUUGUGAAGUUUUAUUUGUUCUAUGAGAGAUGGAGACGUGCAGAAGUUGCCAAGAAUAUGCAAACUCCAAAGUUAAUAUUUUUUCCAUUGGGUACAUUUGUGCAUCCUUCAGGAGUUGAGCAACCAGUCAACCACUGCAUAGAUGUAAUGGCAAGGUUGCAUGGGGACAAGCAAGGAACCAAUUAUCGCAUAUGGGUAGAUCGAGUUUCUUCAGCACAAGUUGGUUCAGACACAUGGCUUGUGAAGUUUUAUAAAUGGGAGUCAUUUGGGGAGGAACGGCUUGGCUGUUUGACCACUGUCUUGCUAAGUUCAAAGGCCAAUGUACCUGAUGGCUUCACAUGGAUGCACAUGCAUCAGACAUGGCUAGAAGGUUCAGAACCUAAAGAUCAAACAACCUGGUUAUUCUAGAUUUCAAACAAGGUGGGUUAGUGUUUGUUUUGACCCAAUACAUUGGUCUUUAUUGACAUUUGCUUUUCAUUCAUAGGCCUUGUUUGCGUGAUGACAUACAAAAAUAUAGCUGUUUAUAGACUGCAGAGUUUAAGACUAUCAAAAUAUUGAUGUCGCUACAAGUCAUAAGAUUAUAGUUUGAGAAUGUCAUUACAAGUAAUAGAAUUGUCUGUUUUGAAAUCA